ACAAAAUAGAAAAGUUCAACGCGUUAAUGAGAAUUGAUAAGAGUGAGGAGGUUUAAUGAAUGUAAUUAUCAAUGAUUGUUUAAUUAAUUAUUAGUUUAUUUCUCAAUUCUUUUUUUAGGUAUUGAUUUUAUCUUAUAGUGAUAAAAUAUAGAUCACAAUAUAUAUCUAGAGACUAGAAGUUCAAAGUUUAAAAGCAGUAGCUAGAUAAUUUCUUUCUCAUACCACCUUAGAUCUAAGUUUGUUAUGUAUUAUUUUAUUUACAUAGUAUAAAACGGCAACUCCAUUUUCUUUCUUUUUUCAUAACUUUGCUUGAUUUUAAUCAAAUAUUAGUGAGAGAUUUAAAACUUGCGUGGUUUUGAACAAAUAUUAGUAUGAUGAUAAUUCUUAUCAAAACUUACUUUGGCAGUAACAUAUUAUUUUUUAUGUUAUAACUGCUUCAAUAUUAUUUUGAGUUUUUAAGUCAAUUCAUACAAUUAUUAAGUAUUAAAUCUAUUGUUCUACGCAUUAAAAAUAUAUUCACCUUGGAGAAUCACCUUAUUUAAAAAAUAGUGUUCAAGUAUGAUCUUCAAACAAUCAAGUAAAAGGGCUGAAAUUUUGGUGCAUAACCUCCUUUAGUACAGCUGGCUCAAAUCUAAAGAGCUAUUAUUAAGGGACUUUCAAUUUCUCGCAAAUUAGCGGACUAUAUCUCAUUCGUUUCCUCUGAUUUUAAAUAGGUUAGGAAAACCAUAUUAAUUGUAACUUGCCAAAGAUAAGUUAAAGAAGACUAUGACGAACAAUAUAUCUAAGAAUUAUACUACACCGAAGACUGAAUUUAAAAUUAAUUUUAUAAGAAUUAUACAACACCAAAGACAAUAGUAGUUAGGUAGUAAUCUACCUCUACUCUUUAAUUGUUUUUAACUUCAAGUUCAUUCAUUAGAGAGAAAAGAACGUACCCACUAAAAUAUUAAGUUUUCAACCGAAUAAUACAUUUCAAUUGUUGUUAUUUUAUAGAUUCAGGAUUAGCUGUGAGCUAUGGACAAUAUUUGUUCAAUCUAACUUUGUAUCACGAGGGAGCUAGACUUUUUGGAAUGAUUGUUGAGAAACUACUCAAAGAUAGUGACAAAAUGAGAGAACAUUCACCUCCUCAUCUCAUGCAAACAAAGCACGAAGUUAAAUUUUCGUAUGAAGCUCAUAAAUUACAACAUCGCGAACCCCAUAAGUGGGUACCCAGUUUUGAAGAUAAUUAAGAAUAAGUGCAAUCUCGCGCAAAGUUCAUGACAUCUACAUGGUAAAUUUAAGUUCUUGAAAAUGGAAUUUUCAUAAUUCAAAAAAAUUGCCAUUAAAUUUUUGCAUCAAUGAAAUGUAGGAGAAGAAAGAAGAAUAUGCUAAUAUCAGAAGUAGUGAAUUCAUAUAUGGAGAUAAGGAUUUUAUUGAGAUAAAGAAAGAUAUUAUUGAUGGUUGAUAUAGAAAUAUAUGUGAUAGCAAGAAAGAGCGAAUGGUUGAAAUAUUUGAUUAAUAUGAGGUGAAAUUCUAGCAUCGUGAAAAGAUGUUUCACAUUUUCUAAAAUUUUACAAUUAAAAUGGUUUUCAAUGAAAUGCAUGAGAAAAGGAAGUUAAGAGACUAGUGAUGGUGAAUAUGAAGUUUCAGUAAUCAAGAUGAAGUUGUGUGGAGAAGAUGUUUUUUUAUGGUGGGGAAAUCUAAAAGAAAUCCAAAAAGAAAAUUGCGGUAACUUCUAGCAACAAAGAGUAAAUUGAAAUACGUUUUGAAUAUUAAGUUUUUCAAAAAUCAGUUACCUCCAUGAGCUGUGUUGUUUACUUUUGAUAACGACUUUUGUCCAUAAAUUAUCAUGUAACACUUGUAAUGUAUAUUUUUUAUAUGUUUAGUUAUUGAAUAAUUUAGAUUCUUUCAUGUAUCAAAUAGAUUAUUACUGUUAGACGUUAGUGUUUAUAUUCUUAAUCUAAUUCAUACGGCCAACGAGCGGGCCCAACUCUAAUAAUUAUUUUAGAGAAGAUUUGGACAAGUAUAGAUAGCCCUCUUGAACUUUGAUCACUACUUUCUUCACGUAGAGACCGUCGAGUGAGAAGAUAAUCCGUAUCCGCGAGCCAAGUUGGUUCAGACCCAUAUCCCCUCCACCUAGAAUCCAAGAACCCUUUUUUCACUUUGAUAUCAAUCGAAUUCACAAAAUUUGGAGGGGUUAUCCAGAGAGCAUAUAUAUAGAGAGCCAAACGAUCAAUGCCAUAACAAUAUCAGAGGGACUGGCCCUCUUUUCUCUUGGGUCCGUCAAGAUUUGUAGUGUUGGUCGGGCUGUGUCUAUGAAUAGAAGGGCCCAUACACUGGUCCAUAAUUAGAAAAACCCCAUUUAAACCUAGACGCUUGAAAUAAGUGGGCCUAAGCCCAGUCAACUAUAAGUGAUUAGGGAUGGUAAUUUGAACGUGUCUUAAUGAGUAUUACUCAAUUUGGUCCGUGAUUGGGCGAGUUUUACUGGACUCACAGUAUCGUGGGACGGGUAUUUAUUUCUAACUGGCGCUGCUUCGUUUCGUUUUUUCUCUAACUAUCUCAAUUUCUUACAAUAUUUAUUAUAUUUUGACUUUUUCAACUUGUAAGACUUAAUCUUUCAACUAGUUAGACUCAAUUACCCAUUUUAUUAUCACUAUUUUUUAUUCAUAAAGUAUAUUCACUUCGUUUUAUCGUAUCAAGUAAAAUUAUGCAUGUGUUUUUUUUCAUAACACGUAAGAGUUGGUCAACCCGUCUCGCUUCGACCCGCUCUUGGUGCGGGAUGGGUAUGGGUAGGGGUGUACAUGGGUCGGUUGGUUCGGGUUUAAGUAUUUUAAUCACCCGACCCAUGCACUACGGUUUGGGAAUUAUCAAACCCAAAUCCACCCAAAAAACUUUAAACCCUACGGUUUGUUUAUAAUUGUGUUGGGUCGGGUUGGCGAUAUUUUUAAGUAAAAACCCAACCCAACCCAACAUAAAAUAUAUAAUUAUUAUACACCAUAAAAAUAUUUUAUAACUAAUUAAAAUUUCAAACAAAUAAACCGAGGUGAAAGGUAUCAAAAUUCACAAAUGUUGUUUGAGUUUUAAUAAAAUGUGAUUUACUUCAACAUAUGUCUAGUUUUUUCACGAUAUUUGUUGAAAUAGGCUAAAAAGGUUAUAAACAAAUGCAUCCAUAUUAUGUUAUUCUAUUAAAAUUGUACACAAGAAAACGGAUUACAUGAAUCAUAAUUAUAUUCAAUUUUAUGUCUAAACUUUAAGUCAAAGAAUGCAUUAGAUUAGGGAGACCAUGAUAGAAAAACAUGGCGAAAUAUCUUAAUUUUCACAUAAGUAUGACUAUAUACGACAUAAAUAUUUUUUUGAUACGAACUCAUACUAAUAGUUGGAAUACGGGUUGGGUCGGGUUCUACGGGUUGUGUAAUCCAAAAUCCAAACUCAACCCAAAAGAGGCGGGUUGUACAAAAGAAAACCCUCACCCAACCCAAAACCUUCGUUUUAGCGAUAAAUACGGGUGGGUUGGGUCGGAUUGGACGGGUGGGUCGGUUUGCGGGUGUGUUUGUUCACCCCUAGGUAUGGGUAUUAAUCAGCUACCCACCUCGCCACCCCAUUGCCAUGAACUAAGGUGGGGCAUGACACAUCUGCAAAAACAUGAUGUUGAGCUUUGUCUAUGUCCCAGCCCUCAUACUAGUCAGAGGUUGAGAGAUAGGUUGUUCAAGUGUUUGCUUAGUUGGAAUCUUGAUAGGAAGUUGUCCUCGAUUACCUUGGAUAACAGUACCACCAAUGAUGUCAUGAUUACAUAUAUGAAAACUAAACUUGCUAUGGAUGAUUUGUUGUUGGAUGGUGUGCUGGUUCAAAUGAGAUGUUCUGCUCUUUGAAUCUUAUUGUGAAAGAUGGGUUGGAAGUCAUCAAGGAUGGCAUUGAAUUGGUUAGAGAUAGUGUUGUGUACUGGAAAUCCACUCCUAAGAGGGUACAAGCCUUCUUUGAAAAUGCUCGGCAGCUUAAAGUGCAUUGUUAGAAGCAACUUGUGCUUGAUUGUCCGACAAGGUGGAAUUCCACAUAUGAUAUGCUAUCUACUACCAUUGUGCAUAGAGAUGUUUUCUCUUGUUUGAGGUAGUGGGAUAGUCAAUACAACACUGUCCCUACUAGUAUGCACUGAGAUUUUGCUGCUAUUGUCAUUGAUAAGCUGGAAAUUUUAGUGAGAUUACAAAGUUGUUUUCUUGCAGCAAGUAUCCCACUGCUAAUUUGUUUUUCCCCAAGGUUUGUGAUCUGAGACUGAAAUUGUUGGAAUGGUGUGUGGAUACCAAUUCUCUUAUCUCGGCUAUGGUUGAGAGUAUGUGGGAGAAAUUCGCUAAGUAUUGGGAUGAUAUACACUUGGUUCUCGCUGUGUCAGUGGUUCUUGAUCCUAGAUACAAGCUGCAUGUGAUUGAGUAUUAUGCUACUAAGUUUGGCAGUACCAAUAGUGAUUUGGUGGCUGAUAAGAUUAAGCAAUGUAUUUGUGGUUUGGUGCUUGAUUACCAAACCAAGUCCGAGAAGAACAAUUCUGGUUCUUCAACUGCUUAUGAUAGUUCUUCUAAUCCUGCAAAUGAUGAUCAUGAUUUUGAACUGUUUGUGAGUCGGAGGAAAAAAAGCAAAGCAACUCUUAUCCAUACUGAACUGGAUCGCUAUCUUCUUGAGGAACUGAUUCCUAAACGAUCUACUGAGUUUGAUAUACUGAUGUGGUGGAAACUGAAUGGCCUUAAGUACCCCCACUUUGCAAGCAAUUGCAAGGGAUUUCUUGGCCUUACCAAUCACAUCAGUGGCUUCUGAAUCUGCUUUUAGCUCUGGUGGGAGGUUAAUAGACCCUCAUCGGAGUAGAUUGCACUAUGAUACAAUAGAGGCAUGAUGUGUACUAGGAGUUGGAUUAUGGAGGAAAUGCAACAAGGUAACCUGCAAUUACUCCCAUGUUAGUUUUUUAAUGUUAAUUAGAUUUAAUGUUAAUUGUCUUUUCAUUUUUUUCUUCAAUCUGCAGAAUCAUCGAAGGCUGCCGUGGAGGCAAUGGAAGGGGUGUUCUCAGCUCUAGCAAUUGUAGAUUCUAGUACUGAAGAUCAAGACGAAGCAAGUAAAAUAGUUGGUUCUCAAAUUUGGCUUCUUUGUAAUUAGUUCAAUUUAGAUUGGUACUUAGUUUAAUAGUUUCAAUGUCUAACUGUAUUUUUUUUUUAUUCUUGCAGAUCAAGGGGGACUUGUGAUGAAGAAGCAUCUAAUAUCCCUAGACGACUGAUUUGUUGAAAGGUUCAAGGUAUAGAGCUAGACUUGAGGCUUUUUAACUUGUUCAAUUUAAAAUGAGUUUCACUUCUCUAACUAUUUUUGCUACUCUGUUUCUUACAGUGAUUGCUUUUCAAGGAUGAAUGUUGUUGUUGAGUUGGUUUCCAGCAUAGUGUUGCUUGCUUUUGGAGGAAAAGAUCAAAGGAACUCGUGUGCUAGUAGUAUAGGUUUUAGUUCGAUUUAUGGAUGAUGUUAUUGGGGCUGAUUGCCUUUGUUUUUAUAAUCUAUUCCUUUUGAACUUGAACACUAGUCAGUAGAUGUAGUGAGGAACAUGUUAUAUGGGUUUUGGGUGGUGGAUUUUUGGUUGCAGUAGCUUGUUUUGCUGUUGCAACCUAUCACUUUUGUUUCAUUGUUUGAACUAUAAAGAUCUGGGUGCUGGGUGGUGGGAGGGUUAUAGCCCCAAUCUUCCUUUUGUGUUUUGAAUUUAUGUGCCUUGAACAUCAAGGUACUUUGAUGUUUGAAUUUCAGGAAUUUUAGGUUAUCUUUUUCCUUUCCUUUUGUUAGUUCUCAGGAUCCGUGGUUUACCCGAAUCCAUCUGGGGAUGGUGAUGGAAACCAAACGCCACUCGUUAAGGAUACGGGGACGGCGAGGGGGGAAUCUGUUUGCCUUGACGCAUGGGUAAUGGGAACUAGCUACCCGUCCCUGAUCCGCCCCGUUGCCAACCCUAAUUGGAGAUUUGGUUUUGCGAAGGUCUUGUAAUUUGUAGUUUCAUGUUUUCUGCUUCUCCUAGGUUAUAGAUCAAUUUGGGCACCCAAUUAGUCUGCAAGUAACGUUUUAGGCACCAAAUUCAGUUGUGGGUCAUGGUGAGCACCCAACAAUCAAUUAUGUCAAUUUGAGCACUCAAUUAGCCUCUUUAUUCAAGUUCACGGAGGAAUCCACCCGCCCAAUAAAAUCCGGCUCGUCGUAAUAUAAUCGAUAGGUGUGAGUUUUUCAGCACAACCUAUCAAAAUUCUGAUGGGUACUGGUCGACCUUGUCAAACCCUAUACCCACACAUACAUCAUGUGAAAUCUCAAAUCCCUACCAAAGUUCAGUUCUUUAAUUCCAUUAUUUGUAUAUCUUAUUUUUCACCGAAAAAAAAAAUUCACCGAAAAUUGAUCUUUUAAUGCUAAUAAUCGACAACAUUUCAUUAUCAAUAUUUGUUUCAAUUUUGAAGAUGUAUUAUACAAUCGUCCUUACCCAUUCCACCCACCCAGAAAUUGUUGGAAAUUUGGUUGAACCAGAUUAACCGGGUCAAACUAGUUUGAGGUUGGACCGAGUUAAUUAAAUUAUUGGUUCAGGAUAAUUAAAAUUAAGUAGCCUACGUUUCCAAUUGAUUAUCCAACUUUUCAUUUCAUUUGAAUUGGGGCACUUCCUCAUUCCUUCUUGUCUCCACGUGAUGCAAUUUGGAAUUGCCAUUCAAUGCAUUAUUUUAUCCAAGUGAUGCAUUGUUUCAUAAUGGAAUGCAACUCUCCAUGAAAUGAAAUUAGUGGUUACUU